GCGCUAACAAUCAAUUUACAAAUCAAGAUGGUAGCAGGGAUAGAAUAAUGUUUGAGUUAUCCUUCGCGUGCGGUGAAAUAUUAAUUUGUUGAAACAGUAGAAACGAUAAAAUUAUACCGCUUUGAUGAUUAUUCAGAGUUAUACAAAAAGUUUUUAGUUUUGAUUCAUGUUGAAGUUGACUGCAAUCAAUGAACAAGAGGAAACGUGAGUGUCUUGGUGCCUGAAUCCUCAUUUAUAAUGGAUGAUAUUCCCUUGCCGGAAGAUAUUCCUUUUCCGGGUAAUGAGAACUCUUCAAAUGUCGCUGUUCCAACAGAAGACGUGUGUAAUAUACAGUUACCAAAUGAUUUCACUGAAAACACCGUCGAGGUCGAUGGCGCAGAGAAAGCGGAAGAUCAAUUGUUUGAAAACCCGGCCAAUGUUAGCAACAGUGAAAUAAACGAAUCUUACGACGUCGUUGAGCAUAGCUCCGUUGAAGUUACAGUUGUAGGCGAAAUGGAGCAGGCGCUACAGUAUUCCAACGUAGAAGAAAUCGAGACGAACAUUUCUAACGAUACGAAUUGUUCGAAAAAAGUGCCGCUUAACGAAGACGUGCCCCCUGCGCCGGUUGAUAUGGUCGUUGACGAAAGCCCUACGGCGGAGACAACGCCAACGCAAACGCCAGCCCCAGCUCCAGGUCCAGCGCUAGCGCCGGCGCCACUACCACUACCGCCGACCAACGAAGAACUACAAACGACGAACGAUGGCAAUAAUCCGUCAAGCGACAGUGCGCCAACGUUGACAAACAAUCAGUUAUCAUAUUCGGCGGCGGCGGCUGCUGCUGCGGCGGCUGCCGGUUACAUGCAGUACGAUCCGUCGAUGAUGUCGCACGCUCAUAACUAUUCGUAUAUGACGGCCAACAAUUACGCGACCCACGAUUACGUAUCGUAUUAUAGCAACCAACAGCGAAUGGCCGCCGGCGGAUCAUACGCGACCGCGUACAAUCCGUACCAAGGAUACAAUCAUUAUCCGUACGCGACAACCACUAUGCAGCAGAUGUAUGAUGGACGUAGUAUAAACGCCUAUACCAACGCUAAUUACACCCAACAAAUGUUACCUCAAAACCCACCUCUUCCGCCGAGCCAACCAGUUACUUCAAGUACCUAUAAUCCUCCGCUACCUUCUGAUUACCACGCUUCUGCUUAUCCAGCUACCGUCACUUCUACGACAGCGGCGGCGGCGGCGGCGGCGGCUACCAUUGUGUCAGCGGUCGACAGCAAGAAACGCUCGAAUAUCGAUAAAAACGUUCAGAAAGUCGUCGCGAACCACGAUGCGACUCUUGAAAAUUACGCGACCGUACCAAAUAAGGAAGAAGACGACGAUGGCGAAGAAAUGCCCGCGCAGACUACUUCGGAUGCGUGCAAUUCCGCCGCCGAUACUACGGACGAUGUCGCGGAAGACGGAGGUAAACAUUCCGUAAUCGAUCAGCGUGUUGUUGCGGAAAGCGCGCUCAACGAAGAUGUCAAUAGGUAUUCGCCCAGCGUACCUAUGGAAGAAGACGAAACUAAUCAUCAGGCCGAAAGCAACGAAUCACCUAUUACUCAGAAUCGCCCAACCAAGGUUUCUUCUGUACUCGGCAAAGCGCAGGCAAAAAAACGGCUAAUGGCCUUUUCCAUUUCGAAACAAGCAGCCGCUGCUCAAAUGGCGGCUAAAAAACAAGCGCAAACCGGUUCCAAAGAGAGAAAAGAUAACAACGAUGCGGAUGUCAAAGAAGAUGGUCGUCGUUCCCAAUCGGAAAUUGGCGAAAUGGGUACGGCGGCUGGAAUUUUCGACGAUAAGCAUUUCAAAAAGAGAAGCAGUAAGAAAGUUAUUAAAAUGGAAAAAGCUCGUGAAACAAUGGAAGAAAUCGAAGAAAUGAAAAGAAGCGAAUCAUUAAUGAUCCGAGAUACUCCCACGACGUACCGACAAACCCCGAUUAACGAUAACGCAAACGCAAACGCAGAUACGGACAGCGGUCGAAGAAGAGGUAAGAGUAGUCGAAGAAGAAGCCGUAGCCAGAGUAAACGACAUAGUCGAAGCCGAUCGCGAGACCGAGAUCGGAAAUCCAAACACGCCGAUGGCAAGAAAAAACGACGUACAUCUCGUACUCGUUCGCUGUCUCGUAACAAGUCGCGAUCACGUUCCGGUUCGCAGCAGCGCGGCGGCGAUAAAAGUAAAAGCAAAGUUCGCGCUUUAGAAUUGAAGAGCUGGAGUGAUUUCAAGGAAGCCGGAUUCCAGUUAGACCGAUAUAGACGCAUUAAAUAUAACGAAAACAAAACCUAUUUGCUUUCCGAAUUGGAAAAACGUAAAAAAGACAAGCACGGCAGAAGACGCAGCGCUUCGAUUGAAAAAGAAAUCGCCGACGAGAAUAAAAAGAGGAAGACGAAUAUGUUGGAUUUGCCGGCGGAAAUAAAGCAACCUGUGGUGUGGCAUCGUGUUGACGAUGAUCCGGAAUCGGAAGAAUUCGUCGAAUUUCCUAGUCAUAUGAUGCUAUUCACGAAUGCCAAGCCGACCAUCAAGUAUUGUGAAAAUCCUAACAAUGCCACGUUACACUUCAUUUCUCGAGUCGAACUCUUGGACAGCGUACCCGAUGAUAUCGUUACUUCGAUUAAGCACUUUUGGAAUUCUCUGCGAUCAAAAAGGUUGAAGACGAAUAAAAUAUGCGACGACGCAGAUGCGAGCGUCGAGUUGAAAGGAGGAAAAUUCGAUAACGAGGAAAGAAAGAAGAAUGGCGCGACCUUAGAAUGGUGGCCGAAAAGUCCGUUACACAUGAUCGGGAAUAAUUACGACAGCGAUAUCGACAUCGAAGAAGAAGAAAUGGAAGGAGGUGAAAACGCAUUCGUCGAAUGUACAAACACUGCCGAGGUGCCGCAACAUCAAAAUGUUGACAACGCUACCGUGAAUCGGUCAACUCCUCGCAGCCUCGGCGGCGACCAGUCGUCCGUCGACGGUAAGAAUCUUCUCGAUAACGUGGAACACAACGGCGAGGGAAGCGCUUCGUUUGGUAAAACGUCGGCGUCUAGAAGCGGGCCUAGUGGGAUAGUCGCUGCCGUGGGCCGAAAAUCGCGAUUCGAAGAUAUCACAGACGAGGAAAGAGCGGCCGACGUUAGCGUGGUAAUUCGUUCGAAAUGGGAUAGCGAUUACGAAGAUAGUCCUAAACGCGGUGGCACUGGACUCGUAAACGCAGCGGUAGCGGCAGCGGCAGCAGCAUCGUCAGCAGCAGCAGCGCCGCCGCCUCUUCCAUCAUCGCCGCCUCCGCCACCGCCGCCGAAUAACACUUGGUUAUAUUCGAACAGCGACGACCAGAUGGACGAUAUGAGUACCGAUAAUUACGCUAAUACGAGUCGCGAAGAAGCGAAUUCGACGCUCUUCGAACCUGUGUCGAGUUUGAACGCAGCCGUUGGAAGCGACGCCAACAACAGUCAUUACCGCCAACGUCAGUACCACCCGCUGUACCACGACGAGGACGACGAAAUGGAACAGGUGGUGGUAAUUAAGAAAGAGAAAGCCAAGAGAAAAGAAGACGGCAGCGGCGACAGAGCUGCGGAACGUUUGUCGGGCAGUAAAAAACCGCAUUCGUCGUUGGCCGAAGAAAAGUCAAAGUCGCGCAAAAAGAGCCGAGAAAAAUCCGCUUCUCGUCGGCACGACGAAUCGAACCGUCGACGAAGUAAAUCGUCGAGCGUUACGAAAGAAUCGCGAGAAGUCGAACAUUCGGAGGGCGUUGCUCGUCGGCACCGCAAGAGCGGCGGUCUUGGUGGUAGUGACAAAACGGACCGCGACAAAACGCAGAAUAAAUCUACGCGAACUAGCGACGCAGACAGCGGCGUUGUUGUUCGUCAACACGAUCAACCAAAUUCCAACAACGAUCGUACCUUAGUUACCGAAUACGAAGAAUUUUUGAAAAUGGUUUCGUUCGAGGCGCCGAAACGCGAAGAAAAGACUGACAGUGCGGCGGCGGCGCCGCCGCCGCCGUUGCCACCGCUGCCGCCAUCUCUUCUUUUCGAAGGGCCCAAGCCGCCGCCUCCGCCUCAAUCGGAGAAUCGAAGCGAACUUUCGUCGUCCAACGACUCUCCUCGUAAGAAGCGCAAGUCGAAAACGCGCUCGAGUAGCGAUCGCUCCGCGUCAAAUGCGGCAGCGUUCAAGACGAGCGAACAACCCCGCGAGAACGACAUCACCGAUCACGUUGAAGCCACAACCGCUCGAAAAUCAAAAUCUUGGGCCGAAAGCGAGCCAGUCUGCAGCGUUUCCAAAGACACCGGCGAGAAAAAGUCGAACGAUAAAGCCAAGUGGCAGGAAGAAUCGGCGACGACGACUGCUGUAGCCGCGAAUUUGAACGCGACAAAUUCGGAUAACGAUCGCGAUCGCGAACGUGACCCGGAAGGCUCGCGUAAACGAAAACGCGACCACAGUCGUGGUGGCGGCGAAGGAGGAAGCGAAAAUGUCGACGAGCCGGCGAAAAGCAAAAAGAAAACGAAGAAGAGAAAAGUAGUCAGCAGCGGUGGCGUUUCGAAAGUCAAAAAAGAUCGCAAAUACAAAAAGAAGCGAAAAUCGGACUCGGCUGGCGGCAAGAAGAACAAAUACGACGCGAGCAGCAGCGAUUCGUCUAGCGAUUCGAACGACAGCGACUCGGAAGACAGCGGCGUUAGCGAACGUAGCGGCGCUGGCGCUGGAGCCAAGGCGGCGGCGGCCGCCGCCACCACCAGCAGCAGUAGUAGCAGCAGUAGCAGCAGCGGCAGUAGUUCGAGUAGCAGCUCGAGCUCGAGUAGUUCGAGUUCGGAUAACGAUAGCAGCGCCGAUAGCGGAACUCGCAAGAAACGCGCUAAACGAUCGUCAAAAAAGACGAAGAGCAAGAAAAGUAAGAGAAAGUUGACCGGCGACGGCAAACAGUCGCUCGAUAAGCGAAAGAAAAAGAACAAAAAGAAGCAGCUGCGGAAAAAUAAGGAUUCCGAUUUGGACGACAAGAAGAGUAAACGUAAGAAAUCUUCCAAAUCGGACGACUCGAAAAAGAAGAAAUUGAAGAGCGGUAUAAUGGAAUUGUUGGGAAAAUCGUUGGCGGAGACGUUGAAAAAAAAGGCGGCAUCCGCUGCCGAACCGAUCGACGACGAAACUGUGGCCGCAGCGGCAUUCGCAGCUGCAGCCGCCGCCGGCAAAAAAUCAUCCUCUUCCAAAGAGAAACGUAGUAGUGGUAGUAGUAGUAGUAAGAAGAGCAAAAAGAAAAAUUCGAAAGAUCGAAAAGAGAAAACGGUGACGAGCGCGAGCGCGCGCACAUUGUACGAAUUGAUGGUCUCCGAAAUGGGCGUCGCCGACGCCAAAUUUUCACUAUCCAAAAGUAGUAACGCGACCGCGACUGCGGCCGCAUCGCUAGAAGACGGCCGCGUUCCGGAAACGCCCAAAUCCGAAAAAUCGUCCAACGAAAGGAAAAAAAAGAAAAAGAAGGCGAAAAAACGACGCGAUACGAACGACUACUCGUCUUCCGACGAGACUAGUCGACGUAAAAAGAAACGCAAGCGCGAUGCGAAAAAUUCGAACGACGGGGUAUCCGCCGACGCUACCGGCACCUCGAAAACCGCGACGACGGAUUCGUUUUUUGAAGAAAAUCUCGAUGAUUGGAAUGGGAGCGGGGCGACUGACUCUUCGGCCGUCCGACAUUCUAUGAGAGAUGAUUUUACGGCGACCACCGCUGGCGUCGCCGUUGCCGAUGCCCAUGUCCAUGCCCAUGACGAUCAAAUCGAUCCAACAAAUGACGCGAUUGACGUUGGCGAAGCGACCACCUCCGCUGCCGCCGCCGCCGUCAACACCACUACUACUUCUACUAUUACUACCCCAACUAAUACCACCACCGCCUCCACCGACGCGGAAAAACGUAAAAAGCGUCGUCGCAGCUCGAACGAAACGUCGAAGCAUAAACGUUUGUCGAAGAAGAAAAAGAAAGAUUCGAAAAAAAAGAGAAAAAACAUCGACGAACGAAAAGCUCGACGGUCGUCGACUCCGCUGAAAGCUGAAGCGAUCGUUGCCGCGUACGAUUCGUUCGAUUCGGAGCAGCCGCCGAAGAAGCGGGUCGGCGAUCAACGCAGCAGUACGCCUAAAUCGUCGAAAAGCGGCGGUUUCGAAGUACAACUGUUGGGCGGCCAAAAAGGCGUCUCGUUGGUCGCAGCCGCGUACGAAGACGACUCGCCGCAGAUGGAUCGGUCGUACGAUUCGACCAAGACGCCGCGCACUCCCACAACAGCGCGUGAAGAACGUUAUUCGCCGACGGCCUGCGGUAGCGAUGCGGACGACGACUACCAAACGGGCGGCGAAAUUGCGAAAGAGCGCGUUUUCGCUCGCUCCGUCACCAAAUCGCCGCCUAUGCCGGUUCCUCCGCCCACAGCGCCGCCGUCACAGCCGCCCCCACCACCGUCGCCGCUUUCGGACGCAUUGAAAUCUAACAGCGAGCGCAACAACAAAGGUGGCGGCGACGACGACGACGGCGACGACGGUAACGAAAGCGAUCGCGGUAAAUUUAUGGCGGUCGACGUAACCAUGCCGCAGUUGCAAGGCGCCACCAACAUGUUCAGCAGUUUCACGUUGGGCAAACGGGAAGUGAGAACGAAAGCGGCCAAAAAGUUUGUACAUUCGAACAUAUUCGAUUCGUUGGACCACUCGACCGAAGGCCGUGAAUCGUAUAUGGCGGCCGAGUCGUCGUUGUCGUCGUCAUCUUCGCAGAAAAUUCCGCCGGCCGCUGGGUUGCGCACCGCUGCUGCUGCUGCCGCCGCCGCCGCCACCGUCAACGCCGCCUCAGCCGAACAUGGUCAAACUACAUUCGAGAUAGCGACGCAGUCGGAGCGGCUCGAGUCGUCGUCAUUAUCGUCGACGACGACGACGACGACGACGACGAAUAAGUCGGAAAAAGAAGAAUUCCAAGCUAGACCUUGUAUCGCCUUACCCGACAUAUCGUUUGCAUCGUCGCAGGUCCAAGUUGCCGGCGAUGAGACGCCUUCCACCAAGGACCACCAAAAACAAGCUUGUGCGCCGCGGGGUCGUCGAGAAGACGAAGACUAUAAUGCGAACGACGCCGCCGCCGCUGCCUCUUCCGCUGCCAGCGUGGCGAAACGAGAUCCGCGCCGAAAAGACCACGAUUCCAAAGACGAUAAGCGAAGACGGUCCGUAUCCGAAGAUCGUUAUAAAAAACGCCACCAUCGUAAAGACGAACGCCGCGGUAAGAAGCGUUUCUCCAGAGAUCGUCGAACGCGAUCACGAUCGCGGUCGCGGUCUCGUUCUCGGUCGCGGUCGCGCUCUGCGAGUCGCAAACGAAGCAAAGAUUACUAUUACCGCUCGAAGAAACGCGAUCGUCGCAGAUCGUGGUCUAGGUCGCGGUCCAGGUCCAGAUCCAGAUCAAAGUCCAGGUCCAGGUCUUGGUCCGCCUCUCGAGACGCUGUCGGAAUGCGGCGACGUCACGUCAAUCGGUCCUUCGAAUCGACGUCCAACGAGAAUUACUGCAAACGCGAUAAGUUGUCGCCUUCCGCAGCGGCCGCCGCCGCCGCCGCCGCCGCCGCUUCUGUUCCCGAAGAAAACAGCGCCGAUUUUCACCGCAUACUGGGCAAUAUCAAAAUGGAAAAAGAAGAUAGACACGUUAGCGGCGGUACCGGACAAGAGGCGGCGGACAACAAAUUCGCCAGCGAAAUUGAGAAAUUAAUCGACGACAGAGUGCGGAGAGGUGGCGGUUCAGCGGCCGCCGGCCGUACUCUCAGUCGCGAUCCUCGAGAGCAACAACGAGCGAGUUGCGCCGCCGCCGCUGCCGCCGCCGCCGCCAUCGCGCACUCGUCAGCCGGUCAGCAGUACGAACGGUUGCAGGAGAACGGCGAUCAUCACGUGGACGCGUUGCGCGAAAAAUUACUGCAAUUGAAGGAGUCGCUGGGGACGUUGAACGAAAAGGGCGCCGCUAAUUGCGAUCCGCUGCAAAGCGUGUUGGCCCUGCUGGACAGUAGCGGAGGACGUACGCCUCACGUCGACAACGCCCAAAUCCAGAAUUUAUACAACGCUAUUCAAAAUACGUAUCCGUCGGUCGCAUCCGCCACUCGCGAUCCCGCAAAAAUGCUGCCGAUCCAGGUCGCCUCCAACGCUACCGCUGUCGCCGCCGCCGCCACUGACAACGUUAACGCGGCGCACAGAUCGUACAAAGCUAGAAAAGGCGUCGCCGAUUCGACCAACGCGUACAAAAAUCCUUACGCGGAACGUAGCCGAGAGAUCUCGCCGAAACAGCUUUCGCUCGACGAAAGGCUGGAGCUGGAAUUGGGAGUGAAGCCGACAGUGCCGCCGCCGGCGGCAGUAGUACCGCCUUCGAGAUCCGUCAUCGGAGUACCUAUGCAGCCACCCGGUGGCGGCGGCGGCGGCGUGCCCGUGCCCGUGCCCGUGCCCGUGCCCAUCAACAUGUCCGCACCGCCUCCCAAUUACUACCAAAUGCCGAUGUACGAUAAUUCCAUGGUGGCGCGGCCGGGCAACGCCAACUACCCGUCGAUGACGCCGCAGUCUAUGCACCAUCCUUACGCCCAUCUCAUGCCGCCCAACGCCGAUCGUAGUUAUUACGGCGGCGCUCCUAUGGACUCUUGGAAUAUGGCUCGUGCCGCGUCUCUAGCGCAAUCGCAUUCGCGACCGCAUAUCGGUGCCGUACCUUCGCCUCAUCAGUUGCCGCCACCUUCGUCUUCGUCUCAAAGAUUACCAACGCCUCAGCAACAGCAACAACAGCAGCAACAUCUGCAUCAACAUCAGCAUCAAAGUAAAGAAAAUCAGUCGUAUCGAAUCGCAGAUGCGGCUGGAUCGAAAGUACAUUCGAUUCAAGUUGGCAACGUUCUGCAAAUCGUACCCACCGAGGUGCCGCCCUCAACUUCGCAGUCUCUUUCUAGUCAGCAAUCCUCCAAGAAGCAACAGCAUCAACAGCAGCAUCAGCAACAGCAUCAUCAUCAUCAUCACCAGCACCACCACCACCACCACCAUCAGCAGCAGCAGCAGCAGCAGCAGCAGCAUCAGCAUAGCAGUUCGCAACAAUCCACCGCAAGUAGCGCCGUGAGCAAUGACAGUUACGCCAGUGGUAACGCAUCGAGCGUUGGUUUUUCGUCCUUAUUGACUGCCAAUUUGCCGGUAUCGUUUGCGGCUGCUCCCGCCGUUUCCGGAUCGAAAACAAACUCUUUGUCGCAUUUGAAAGAACACCACAAGUCGAGCGUCAGCGGCGAAACCAAAUCCAGAAGCAAAGAUCCUCCACCGCCGCCGCCACCAGGCACUCCCGAUAAGGACAUGAAAAAACUUAUAAGACUGGCCAAGGAAAAACGCAAGGAAGAAAGGGCUUUGCAAAAGUUACUGAGAUUGAAAAACGAACAUCAAACAUCUCCGGCUGUCACUCCUAACGGCGACGAAUUUCAUAAUUACGCGGAUGAUAACACGGAUGAAAGCGAAGAAUCAAACGCCAGCAUAUCGAUUAAACCAUCUCCCGAGCAAGGAAUUUUAAUAUCUCCCGGUUUCAAAGAGAAAUCGACGCCGGUAACGCCUCUAGGUCGUACCAUCAUCGGAAGUGCCCGUAAAAUGGUCUCGUUUGUCGAUGGAAUAAGGCCCGGAUCGGCUUCGUUGAACGAUUCGCCGGUGUCUAGAUCGCGAAAACCAUCUCCUCCGCCUAACGUUAAAAAGAAACAUAAAGUACGCGUUAAAAUUAUUCGCGCCACCAACGACGAAAGCUCGGACGACGAUACGCCUCCGCCGCCGCCGCCACCAGGACCACCGCCUCCCGAAUUGUACCCUCCUACGUGCGGAGGUGUCGCCAAUUUGUUGCCUUCCGAUUUCGUACUUCCUAAACUGUGAGCUACGGACGAUUUUUUUUUUUUUCGUUCUCACGCGAAUGUACAAAUCGUCCGCAUGAACGGCGUAUUAGGAUUAUAUGUAUGUAUUAUGUAUAGUUUGAACGCGAAACGUGCGAGCAUAUGUAUGGUACAUUUUCUGUCGCCGCCAUUAUCGCCAACUUUUUUUUUGUUCGUCUUUAUUCGAAGGAGGAUAAAAGCUUUUUGGUCUAAUACGUGCGUUUAUAAGAAUCCUGGUUACGAUUUGUCGAAAUCGAAUGUAACGCGAUGGAAAGCGGUGACGAAUUUUUAUUUAGAGUAAAAAUGAAAAUCAUUCCCUCCGGAUCACGCGUCGUAAUCUUUCAAAAUCAUUCUCGAUCUCAUAAAUUUUCAUCGAAUCGAAACCGAAACCGAAUCCGGUUCAUUUUGAAACGACCGAAAAAUAUCAGCGAAAUGGCGGCGAACAGGAAUGAAAAAGACGUGUUACAAACGUGCCAAAAACCACAAUACAGUAUACGGUAGUCUCGUAGCUGUACGAUCACGUAUGACUGAUGUUGGAGUGAUAAACUUUUCGUAAUUAUUUUUCGUUCUACGUUUUACUUAUUUUUCACGAUGAUGUAUAUUUUAUUUUGUUUUGUGUUGUUUAUUUUAUCUAUUUUUUUUUUUUUUUUUUUUUUUUUUUACGGCAUCGUUUUAAUUUUUCCUUUCUCUUUAGCUAUUGAUUACGAUUUAUGUUACUUUACUACUAUUAUAAUAACGAUUAUUAUUAUCGCCGCUAUCAUUACCUUUUCAUUCGUGUACAAUGUACAUAGCGACGUACUCGCGAUGCGACGACGUAUCUUGUUAUUCGACUAAUACCUAUCCUACCCGCGUGAGUAAAUUAUAGGUAAUUAGGUAUGUAUACUUGGCGUACAUACAUAUUGAAAUUUUGAAUACGUACCUACGACCGUCUUUUUGUCUGGAAUUCGUACAUUUCCAGUCGAGUAAUGAAUAAUCCUCCGGCCAUUGACGACUCGGCGAAUCUUUUGUAAUGUAAUGUACCUACUUAGUUUUUUUUAACGGUUGCACUGCGUGUGUUUGUGUGUUUGGUGGAACGGUAGAAUCGUGAUUUACUCACCAUUACAGUUAAUGGUUAACGUUUUCUCGUUGCGAAAGUUGAAGCGUCGUUUUUGUUAUAGCGGGGUUUGAAAUGAAAUUUAUUUGUAAAAAAAAAAAUAAUAUUAAUAAAUGAUAAUAAUUAAACGUCGAUGAAAUCGGUUUUGAUUGGUUUUACGCUCGUAUUCGUGGUGCCGUAGUUUUCAUCUUAAAGACCUAAGUACAAUUUAAUUGCGAGCCUGUUUGUCGAUGUAUAGGUUACGAAUAUUAUACGUUUGUACAUACAAAUUGACUGGUUUGUCUGUUUUUUGUUGAUGACGUAGUCCUCACUUACGUGUUACUUAAUUUUAUACCUUUUUUUUUUGUUUUGUUUCAUUUCAUUUGAAGCAAAUGUGUAGAAAAUUAUACGUAUAAGCAUUUGUGGUGUAUCAGUUUGUGUUUUCGAGCGUUUAAUUACAACCUUUUUUUUUCUCCCAUUG